UUGUAUUUUGAUUAUAAUAAUUGCUACGAAACUUGUAAUACAAAGCUUCCCUUGAACAGCUGAUAACAAGAAUUGUAGCUAAUAAUACAAUCUAUCAGCAUAUUUUGAAGAAUUCUGUUUCGAAUAUCAAAUGUCUGAAAUCACGAUUAUGAAGUCUUGUGCUACCUCUCCGGGGAGAUCCAUUACUUUUCCACAUCUUGAUGACAAUUUACCACAAAAUCAGAUUUCUGUUGCUAGCUGUUCUUUCAACGACAAAGAGAAUGACAUGAAGGACACAGGAAAAAACAGCAGUUUUACAUUUAGGAUUCAUGACCAUGUGAAAAUGGGUCCUAAUCUGUCUGAGAUUCUGAAGGGGAAGUUGAGUUUGGGGGCAAGGAUUAUACAAGAAGGAGGAAGAGGGAACAUCUUCAAGAAUGUUUUUGGGAUGCAAGAAAAAGAGCAAUUGUUAAAGGCCUCUCAGUGUUAUGUAUAUACCACAGCUGGUCCUAUUGCAGGAGUUCUCUUUAUCUCAACCCAAAAGGUUGCAUUUUGCAGUGAAAGGCCAAUAACCUUCAGUUCUGUGACAGGAGAGUUAGCCAAGGCACCAUACAAGGUUUUGAUUCCAAUAGGUAGAAUAAAAGAGGUCAAUGGAAGCCAGAAUGUGAAUAAUGUAGAACAGAAGUACAUAGAGAUAGUGACAGAGGAGGAUUCUGAAUUUUGGUUUUUGGGGUUCCUGCGGUACGAGAAAGCUCUUAAGAAUCUGAACAAAGCCAUUUCCAUGUCCAAUCAUAACCUAAAGGAGUGAAUGUUAGCAUUCUAUAUUUUGUGAAGAACUUAGUUUUAUUUUUCUGUUUUGGUUGAUUAACAGCUGCUGAUGACCAAUUUGUAUAGGCUUAAGGUAUAAAAAACAAUUGGGUUGAAGGAAGUAUUAAUCUUUGUAUAGGUUUAAGGUAGCAUUAAGGUCUAACUUUAUAUGACAAUUUUGUACCAUAUGUGUGUUUGUU